AUCAGAUUGCGAGAGACGAAGCUUCCGCGAAGCAGCAACGGCUCUGCCUCCUAAAAAAACCGCCUUCUCUCUCUCUCUCCCUCUCUUCCCCCACCGCCCCACCUCGCUACGCACCUCCAUCUCCCCUAUCCCCACCAACGCCACGACGCAGCAAUCCCAUCAGGCCACCACCACCAUGCCCCCGCCUCUCCCGCCAGAUCCGAUCGAGCCGUGCGCGCCGGCGCCGGCGAUGGACGUGGCGUUGCCAGCAGCCGUCGUCGCCACAAUCCUCUCCCGCCUCGACGUCCGCUCCCUCCUCCUCGCCGCCGCCGCCUGCCGCGGACUCCGUGCCUGCGCCUCCCACGCGCUCGUAUUCCUCCCCUCCUUCCACCUCCUCGAGGUGGCUCUUACGCACGAACUGCUGCGCCCGCUGCUGCCGCCGAACCCGAGCCUGCGGAGCCUGCGCCUCGACUGCGCUCGCCUCGAGGACGCUGCCAUCGCCUGCCUCGCGCGCGCCGGCCUGCACGAGCUCCUCCUCCUCAACUGCGACAACAUCAGCGGCCGCCUGCUCUGCGAACUGGGCACCACCUGCAGAGAUCUCAGGGUGCUUUCUCUCAACUCUCUUGGUGCACGUAGGGGACUGGUGGUAAAUUUCUCUGAUCUACAGGAAUUGCUCAAUGGAUGUUCUCAGCUAGAGAAUCUGAGAUUGGCACUUGAUUUCUCAACUUUUGAUGACCCCAACUUUGGUCGUGUAUGGGCAUCUGCUUCUGAAAGGCUAUCAUCUCUUGAGAUUGGUUAUAUUCCUAUGACAAUGUUACUUGAACUUCUGGUAGCAGUUACAGAAGGACAACAAUGCAUGGAUUAUGUUAAGACACCAGUUUUCUUUCCUAGCCUUCAAAAGUUAUGCCUGGCUGUGGAUUUCAUAACCGACCAUCUAAUUGGUUCCAUAUCAGUCGCACUUCCAUCACUGACACAUCUGGACCUGCAAGAUGCACCAAUUGUAGAGCCUAAUUCGUCAUCAGAUCUCACCAAUGCUGGUCUUCAGCAAAUCAAUCCGCAUGGUAAACUGAAGCAUAUUUCUCUCAUGCGCAGCCAGGAAUUCUUAGUAACAUCUUUCCGCCGGGUGAAUGAUCUCGGAAUCCUGUUGAUGGCCGACAGGUGUUCAAAUCUUGAAAGUGUAUGUCUUGGUGGCUUCUCCCGUGUUACAGACACUGGUUUUAGGGCAAUCAUUCACUCCUGUUCUGGUCUUCAUAAGCUUCGGGUUUCCCAUGGAAGCCAUCUAACUGAUUUGGUUUUCCAUGACAUUAUAGCCACUUCUCUUUGCCUAACCCAUGUGAGUCUGAGGUGGUGCAAACUCCUAACUAAUGUUGGGAUUGAGAGAUUAUCAUGCAACAAGGAUCUCAAUGUACUGGAUCUCAGGGACUGCCGCAGUUUGGGUGAUGAAGCUGUUAGGGCUCUGAGCUGCCUUCCCAAGUUGCAGACUUUGACAUUGGAUGCCACUGAUAUUAGCGACCAAUCAUUGAAAUAUCUAGGACUUGGAACAUGCCCUCUAACUUCCUUGUCUCUGAGGGGUUGUCGGAAGCUUACAAACGAUUGUAUCACCUUAUUAUUUGCUGGUCAUGUGAAACAGAGCCUACAGAUGUUGGAUCUCUCCAGAAUUCCAAGUAUCACGGAUGAUGGUAUCAUGUUAUUAGCAAGGAGCAGAACUCCUCUUAUUGAGCUCAGAAUGCGAGAAAAUCCGAAAAUCGGGGAUGCCUCUGUGAUGGCUCUUGCUUCCAUGCAAAUAGAUGGUGGAACCUACGGUAGUACCUUGCAGCUGCUGGAUCUUUUUGACUGUGGUGGGAUUACACCCCUUGCAGCACGUUGGUUUAAGAAACCUUACUUCCCUAGAUUGCGGUGGCUGGGAAUUACAGGUAGCUUGAAUAGGGUUAUGGUGGAUGCACUGUCUCGAAGCCGGCCAUUCUUACAUAUGGCUUGCCGUGGUGAAGAAUUAGGGACUAUGCUCUGGGACACCUCCUCUGACUGGUAUCGGCAUAAUGACGACGAUCUCGACGAGCUUGAACAGUGGCUCUUGGAAGGUGAACCGGUUUCAGAUGAUGACACCAUCAUGGAAGAAUGAGGAAACUGUUUGGUAAGCUGGUGUCAUGUUCCUGCCAUAGUUGCUUGACCAAAUACGAUGUCACCAAGCUCGAAUUAGCUAUGCGAUGAUCUGUUGUACUAGUAGUGAAGAUAUUCUCAAUAUAUAUGUAUCAUUCCUUGGGCAGCCAUUCUGUGUGCAUAUGGCAACCUGACGUUAUGUAUGUUUGAUUCAGAUUUUUGUUCUGGUCCAGUUCUCACGUGACAUUGACACAUUGAGGAGUCGUGCUGGCCAUUCCAAGCAUAAAGCUAGUGUGCUGUUUUAUGAUUUUAACAUAUUGAUAUUUCUACUCAUACUUGGCAAAAUUAUUUCAGAUGGGUGUUCGUA